AUGGAUACCAAGCUCUGUACAACAACUAUGUCUCCUUCAACGCCAUGCCAAAGCUGUUCUAGAACUGCAAAUUUAAGAACCAUCUUUUCUAACACCAGCUGCCAGCAUUGUGGUCUUGAAGCCAACAGCUGUCAACCACCUGGCCAUGUUCUGAGAGCUCCCCAGUCCCAGGGCUGCCAAUCCACUCCUUGCUUUUGUCUCACACCCCUCUGCUUAAUAAGCAAUGUCAAUGCUUGUUCCUCUCUGGAUGAUUGUGGCUGGUGUGGUGCUGGCACCAACAGUAAUGAGAAAGAGACCAUGCAAAUCUUGAGUGACCGCCUUGCUAACUACCUGGAAAAGGUACGAAUGUUGGAACGAGAGAAUGCCACACUGGAGGCAAAAUGUAAAAUCCAGGAAGAGUGUAACAAAGAGCUCCGGGUCAUAUGUCCUGACUACCUGUCCUACUAUGUUACCAUUGAGGAGCUCUAGCAGAAGAUCUUGUGUACCAAGGCUGAGAAUUCCAGACUGGUCUCACAAAUCGACAACACCAAACUGGCUGCUGAUGACUUGAGAGCAAAGUACAAAGUCAAGGUGUCCCUACACCAGCUAGUGGAGACAGAUGCCAAUGACCUACAGCAGAUACUGAAUGCACUGACCCUGGGCAAGGCUGACCUGGAGGCACAAGUCCAGUCUCUGAAGGAGGAGCUCCUUUGCCUCAGAAAGAACCAAGAAGAGGAAAUCAAUUCCUUACAGAGCCAGCUUGGGGACAGACUCAACAUUGAAGUGACCGUUGCCCCUUCUGUUGACCUAAACCAGCUUCUAUAAGAAAUGAGACGUCAACAUGAGUCCAUCAUGGAGAAAAACCACAGAGAUGUGGAACAGUGGUUCAACGCACAGAUGGAGGAGCUGAACCAGCAGGUGGAGACCAGCACUCAACAGCAGCAGUGCUUCCAGAAGGAGAUCAUUGAACUGAGAUGCACCAUGAACACUCUACAGAUUGAACUGCAGGCCCAGCACCAAAUGAGAGAGUCCCAGGAAUGUGCCCUGGCAGAGACGGAGGCCCGCUACACAGCCUUCCGGGCCCAGAUCCAGUGUCUGAUCGAUAACCUAGUGGCUCAGCUGGCAGAGAUCUGGGGGACUCUGGAAAGACAAAACCAAGAAUAUGAGAUUCUGCUGGACGUCAAAUCCUGGCUAGAGCGUGAGAUUACCACAUACCACAGCCUUCUGGAGAGCUCAGAUGGCAAGCUUCCCUGUCACCCAUGUGCCACCAAAUGUGAGCCUUCCACUUGCAUAUCCAGUAAGGCCAGAGCCCUAGUUCACACAUCAUUCACCCCCUAUGGGAUACACGAGUCCCACGGUGCCUGCAAAACCCUGCUGAGAAUUCUGGUUAAAAUCUGCACCAUCACCGAGGAGAUUAAGGAUGGGAGAGUCAUUUCUUCUCACGAGCACGUGCAGCCUUGCUUCAUCACCAGAACUGCCAAAGUCUGA